AUGUUGGCCAAGCAAGCAGUUUCAAUAUCACGCCUGAAGUGGCUCAGAGAUAUGGUUGCGGAGAAGCUUGCCAAGAGGCACAAUGCGGGAGAUCUAGAGAUCUUUGGAACCAACUUCGACUUUGACUUUUACGAAACCGCUGCCAACUUCACAGGCUCUAAGCCCGGCGACGUCCUCAAGAUCCAGCCUGUAAUUCCUACCAACAUCACCGUGCCCGCUGGUCUUGCCGUCUACAAGAUCCAAUACACCAGCGCCGACAUCGAUGGCUCCCCUGUGCCCGUCACUGGCUUUGUCGCCUUCCCGUUUGCUAGGACACAGCAGCCCUUCAACCUGAUCGCCUACGCACACGGAACCAGCGGAGUCUUCCGCGGCUGCGCUCCUUCAACGUCACCCAGCUUGUUCGAUUACCAAAGCUGGUCACCGCUCCUGAUUGCAGGAUACGCCGUUGUUGCCACCGACUAUGCCGGCCUAGGAAAUAACUACACCGCUCACAAGUAUGUCGCCAGUGCAGCCAAUGCCAAUGAUACGUAUUGGUCGGUUGUAGCUGCUCGCACUGCUUUUCCAGACAUUCUCUCACACGACUGGGCUUCCAUCGGCCACUCUCAGGGCGGCGGGGCAGUGUGGAAGCUGUCAGAGCACAAGCUCGUCCAAGAUUCGACCAGUGGAUAUCUUGGAGGUGUUGCUGUAGCACCUGUUACCAAGAUCUACGACGCGCUGGUUGCCAUCGACUCGCUCCGCAAUCUUACUCAGACCGGAGGAGACGACCACGACUUCCUUGCUCUGGGCGUCAUUCCAUCUGCGGUACUUGGCAUCAAGGCAACGUUUCCGGAUUACGACGCUCCCGUUAUUUCAGCCAAGCUAAAGAACAGAAUUGAGCUCGCAAAGGUCGGACAGCUAUGCGACAACGCCAUCUCGGGUCUCACAGUUGACCUCCGCCUCGACGCUCUCUCCAAUCGCACCGCCGCAUCCGAUACGCACCUCAAAGAUUUCCAAGAUUUGAACGCUCCGGCUCAAGGUGACCGCGCCUCAAAGCCGCUGCUUUUGGUUCUGGGUGAAGACGAUACCAUCGUUUCAGAAGAGUCCGGUGCUGCCUCGUUCGACGAGUCCUGCGCCUAUGGGAAUACUGUUCAUAUGAGCAUCUACCCUGGCUUAGACCACUCUGCUGUCUUAACGGCAGCAACGCCUGAGUGGCUUGCGUUCUUCCAGGACCGAUUUGCCGGAAAGGCGUUUGUGAAUGGUUGCUCAAAUGAGACCAAGGUUCCCUUUGACCUGGAGCAUGCACAGCGGCCCUUAGAUAGCUACUGA